AUGGAUUUACACCAUAUUGUGCCGACUGAAUUGCGUCAUUUGCGGGCCUGUUUACUAUGUGGCCUCGUCAAAACGAUGUCUCAGUUCGAAAUGAGUGGCUGUGAUAAUUGCGAAGAUUAUUUAAAUAUUCAAGGUGAUCGGGAGUCGGUAUACGAAUGCACUUCAAAUAACUUUGAUGGUUUAAUUGCAAUGAUGAAUCCCUCGGAAAGCUGGGUAGGGCGCUGGGUGAUGAUAGACAAGCUGACACCAGGUGUAUAUGCCAUGAGCGUUUCCGGUAAGCUGCCAAAAGGCCGAAUCCAAGACCUUCGAAGCAAAGGAAUCGAGUACCAAUCGCGUGAUAGGAGCAAACUGUAA